AUGUGGCAACAACCCAUGGAGGCCAGCGAAAGCCAUUGGCCGCGCUUGGUGUGCUUGAACGACCCUUUGCUCGAGAUUGGCCUUGUGGUAACGCACCCUGAAGCACCACCGACAGGAAAGGGCCGGAAAAGCCCACCAGCCCCCGUGUUUCUCGCUCGCUCCGAAGAGAUCCUUCACAUCCAGGCAGUCCAAAUCCCCCGUGCCUCUGCAACCGGUUCUUGUGAACUCAUCAUUGUAGUCACAGUCAACCGGGAGGUCAACAUAGAAAGCUUUGGUGCACCACUCCCCGGCAAGAAAACAAGAAAAAGUGUCAAGACGGAAGGCAAGGAAAAGACCCUUGAGAACGCUUUGAGCUCUCUGGUGGACGCGGAGAAGGGCAAUGAUGCCACCCGCAGGCAGUCCCGGCGGGUGAGCUCUCUGCUGGCCCGCGCUGAUUUGUCUGCUUCACAGGACAGAGCAACCUUUGCCGAGCAGCCAUUGCUUGGUAACCACGGAGGCAGGCGGGCUGAGUCGCACGGUAGCCAGCGGCUCCGGCUGAGCAGCGGCUACGGCGCACCAAGCUUUGGCGCAACCUUCAACUACAACCGUAUCAACCAGCUGCCCGAGGCCCCAGUCGACAACCUGCUUGAAGAGCUACGUGCUGGAGGUGAUUUCGAAGGGUUCCACAACAUGGGACUUGAUGAUCAUGACUUUGACGGGCUUGUACGCGAGAUGCUGCUCACCAAGAUCCAGAGUGUCGGCAUGGAUAACGCAAACGUGCGAUACUCACUAUCUGGGAAACCGGCCAGAACGCAGGCCAAGGUGUUCAUUCUUGCAGGGCCCCCAACCGCGACGGACGAGCAUGGUCGAUCACAGCUGAUGAUCGCUAUUCAAGAUCCAGUCGACAAAAGACUCCAGCUCCUUACCCUCCACGUUCAGCAUUUAGAGAGCCAAACUCCCAAGAAAAAUAAAGCAAAGCAAUCCCCAGAUCCUGGCGACUUCGAUAUCAUCCCUGGCGAACCCAGGAGGGUCCAGAGCGUAGUCGACUCCUGCAAGAUCUCAGAUGGAAUCGAGUCCAUCAUGAUCCUGUCGGAAGAUAGGCGUGGCGGCAGAGAACUCAGCUUGCAGUCACCAUGGAGCAAAGUUACAACAGCUACGCUACCGCCGCUUCUAGUUAGCAACAUUAGCAGCCUCCAGUUUUCUGGCAGCUACAGAGUUGGUGGAGUACCCCAAGAGCAACGCUCCUCUCACAUUAACCUUACGGGAACUCAAAUCGACACGAUUUGUCACCCCAACUCCCAGGGUGUUGUUGACCUUCGGGACAAACACGGGAAAUACCAUCGGAUAAAAAUUCAGCUACAGCCUUCUUCACCCCAGGUACGCAUGGUUCUGGAUGUCUGCCGCAGCGUUCUUCACCCUUCAUACGCAGAUAGGAUCGUUUCUGGGUGGUGGCAUGUCAUGCAAUGGCUCCGGGAUGCGAAACGUCGAGGACUCGAGCAUGCAAUCGCCGACGUGGAGUGGUCGGCCGCUGUGAUUCUCAUCUUGUCGAGUUUCUUAGCGCUGGGUCAUAACAGUGAAACCUCGCUACGGACGCUUGCCAGUGAAACGGUGAAGCCGGCCGCGAGGAACAAAUGGGAGGCAAUGCAGUUGCGUGAGACGCCAAACUCAUCGGCCUGCCCCCAGUGGAUGCGGACCAAGGCGUGGCAAUGGGCCCUCGACGACCCGCCGGAGACGCCUAGUCCCGCUGGUACAAGAUCAUGGCCAUCAAGUAGCUUUGUUGCAUUUCACGUAACCCUUGCUAAGAGAUGGAUGGCCUCGCCAGGCGGGCUAUCAGCCUUCGGUUUCGAGGGAUAUCUUCCUACAGCCCUGAAUAGGACUGGCGAACCCCGUAACAUGGCGGCUUGGAGUAUGCUACUUGCUCUGCACCUCCUCGUCGAAGAGCAAAAGCUCAACAUUGCCACCUCGGAGCAUUCAUCACCUGGCCAAGCCGAUACCAAGGCACUCCUGUACCAGCUAGCCAGAUGGCUCGGGUGGCACCGCUACGCGGCUGUCUACGCGUUGGGCGCUCAGGCGGAGCCAGAUUCCGCGGAUGGCCUUGUCCCAUGCGUUGUCGCCGAUUUGACUGAGCCCCCGUUCGAUUACUGCAUCUUGACCUGGAUCCAGGGACACCUCGCAACAGACGGCGGUACGGAGUACCCCACGUUAUCGGACUUGUAUGCAAAUGCCACUCGGGACACUUUAGGCAGGAAGUUGAGACAACAACUGUGGGAGGACCUCACACCCCGUACGCUGAUGUUUGAGAAACUUUUCGGGCGUCUCGGUUCGACGACCCACCGCAUCGAAGCGGUUGUGGCCAUGCAUGAGUGUGGCUUCACCCCUCAAAUCCUCGAGACAUUACCAGAGGGGAUUCUCACCGCCUUGCAAGAUGUCAUAUCCAUUUGCCAGCCAAACCCUCCCCCUUCAUGGCCUAAGGACCUCCUUGCGCUCGUCGGGAGGACAGACGUGAGCGGCGUGUUACAGCCAGCCAAGACAUGGCGACCCCUUGGCUUCGACCUCAAUUCACCUUCCCAUGAAGCAAAGCGGGACUUCCGCGAGUUAUGUCAGAAUCUCGACGGGUCCAACGACCAUGUCGAGGAUGCCGGCGCGGCUGAGCGCCAGGCUGUUGUGCGUUCCUUGUUCAGAGAGGAUAGGAGACUGAACGAGGCACAGGGCAUGCUAUCGACCAGUAAGCAUCGUGUUGUACGGUUGGACCAGAAGACCGAAUGGACCGAGGCCGAAUACUUGGAGAAACAGAAGGAACUGGUUACGACUAUAGCCACGAGUACUCUGGCCAUCGCAGCCGGACGGGGUCUUCUGCACUUCUCCCUUCGGUACCCGCUCCUCACGCAAAAGUACCAAAUUUCGGCGUUCAACCUAAACUGCCUUGUCAAACCCGCCAACAACACGGUGAGCGUCGACAAGAGCAUGUUCCCCGAAGAGAAGAUUAGCUGGGCCUUCUUUCACCAGGGAGUCUCCGGUGGUCUAGCCAUAUCACCACAGGCCAAGGGUAUUGACACAUCUUGGAUCUUAUACAAUAAACCGGGGCAGGACCUUAGCAACCGUCACGCAGGUUUCUUGCUCGCGCUCGGGCUGAACGGUCAUCUGAAGUCGGUUGCUAGAUGGGUUGCGUUUAAGUACCUCACCCCCAAGCACACCAUGACCACCAUCGGCCUUCUUCUAGGCCUAGCAGCGUCGUACAUCGGGACCAUGGACGCGCUUAUGACCCGCCUCCUGUCUGUUCACAUCACGCGCAUGCUGCCCCGUGGGGCGGCCGAUCUCAACCUCUCGACGGCCACCCAAACCACGGGCGUCAUGGGCAUCGGGCUGGUUUACUGCAACAGCCAACACCGGCGCAUGAGCGAGAUCAUGCUAUCCGAGAUUGAGCACGUCGGUACUGUGGAGGAGGAGGAGGAGGAUGGGUCAAUCCGCGAUGAAAGCUACCGGCUCGCGGCUGGAUUUGCGCUUGGCUUCAUCAACCUCGGCAAGGGCGGCGACCUUAAGGGCCUGAGGGAUAUGCAGCUCACGGAAAAGCUGCUUACCGUGGCGACGGCGACCAAGAGGAUGGAACUUGUCCACGUCCUCGACUGGUCAGCUGCUGGUGCCGUGGUCGCCAUUGCGCUCAUUUACAUGAAGUCGGAGGACCAGAUCGUGGCGCGCAAAAUCGACGUCCCUGACGCCCUCUUGCAAUUUGACUACGUCCGACCGGAUAUCCUUCUCUUGCGGACAGUUGCGAAGAACCUGAUUCUCUGGAAUGAGAUAGAUCCCACAUUUGAGUGGAUCCAAGAUAGCCUGCCCCUCGAGUACAGGCCGAGGUAUCAACUGACGGCGGUGACCGAGCUGCGAAGUCGGGACCUACCUUUCUUCUCGAUUCUUGCCGGCCUUUGCUUUUCGCUGGGCUUGCGCUUCGCGGGAUCGGCCAACGUCAGGGUCCGAGACCUGCUCGUGCAUUAUCUCGACCAGUUCAUCCGCAUCGGACAGAUCCCCGUCAGCAACUACGACAACGAGCUCGCGCGAAACAACGCCCGCAUGUGCAUGGACUCGUUGGCGCUAUCUUGCGCCAUGGUGAUGGCCGGGACAGGGGACAUCAUCGUCCUCCGCCGCCUCCGCGCACUCCACGGCCGCGACGACACCACCACCUCCUACGGCAGCCACCUCGCAGCCCACCUCGCCAUCGGCGCCCUCUUCCUCGGCUCGGGAACCGCCACAUUCGGCACCACCAACCUCGCCGUCGCCGCCCUCCUCGUCGCCUUCUACCCCCUCUUCCCCGCCAACGUCCAAGACAACCGCUCCCACCUCCAAGCCUUCCGCCACUUCUGGGUCCUGGCCACCGAGCCGCGCUGCCUCGUCACCAAGGACCUCGUCACCAACCAGCCUCUCAACCUCCCCAUCCUCAUCCGCCUGCACCCCAACUCCCCCUCCGCCGCCGCCGCUGCCUCCCAGACGCCCGCCAACGACCCCGCCGACCCGGACGCCAUCACCCUGCGCCGCCAGACCCCCUGCCUGCUCCCGCCCCUCGACGACAUCGCCCGCGUCGACACCGACGCCAAAGCCGCCGGCUACUGGGACCUGGCGAUACCCUUCGCCGAGAACCCCGAUCUCAAGGCCGCCUUCCGCCGCUGCCAGACUGUGUAUCUGCGCCGCCGGACCGCGGACGAGGGCACCUUCCCCGCGACGCUGCGCGCGCUGGCGGGUGGGGCGGUGGGGGAGGAGGUGGCGGUGGGGGAUGCUGCUGCUGCUGGGGAGCAGAAACUGCGCGAGCCGCCGCUGCGGUGGGUGUUUGGGCUGGGUGCGCUGGCGGACUUGUCACUUGCUGAAAGGGGCGUGGUGUUGGAUUUGUUUGGGUCGGGUGGGGGUGUUGGGGAAGGGGAGGGGGCGAGCACGGCGGUCGAUGCGAGGUUGGUGUUGAGGGCCGGGGUGGAGGGCGUUGGUGGGUGGUCGAGGGAUCGCUUGUUGGGGUUGAGGCUGCUGUUUGAGUGGGCUGAGAGGAGGGGCGUGUUUGCCGAGGGGAAGAGCGCUGUUGCUGUUACUGGUGUUGCUGCUGCUGCCGCUGGUGGUGGUGGUGGUGGUGAGGGGGGGAAGGGGAGGAAGGAGAAGGGGAAGGGGAAGAAGACUGGGUCGGGGAGGGGGAAGAAAAAGGUUUCGAUGGGGGCGGCGCUGCUGCAGGAGGAUGUGUCCGUGGAGAAGAAGGGUGAUGAUGUUGGGCCGGUGGACGCGGCGUGGUGGUUGAGGGAUAGCGCUAUCGAUGAGCUGAAAGGGGGGACUUGGCUUGCUGGGAGGGAGGGGUGA